GGCGGCGCUGGGCGCCGCGCUGGGCACUGGGCUCGGAGCAGGCGGGAAGCGAGAGGCCGGCGGCGGGAGGGCGGCUCGGGCGGCCUGGAAGCCGGGUCCCGCAGCACCAAGGGGCCGCCAGAGCUUCGGCCAGAGAGUCCUCAGCCGGCCUUUGAGAUGAUGGGAUUGGGCAACGGGCGUCGGAGCAUGAAGUCGCCGCCCCUCGUGCUGGCCGCCCUGGUGGCCUGUAUCAUCGUCCUGGGCUUCAACUACUGGAUUGCGAGCUCCCGGAGCGUGGACCUCCAGACGCGGAUCGUGGAGCUGGAAGGCAGGGUUCGCAGGGCGGCCGCAGAGCGCGGGGCCGUGGAGAUGAAAAAGAACGAGUUCCAAGGGGAGCUGGAAAAGCAGCGGGAGCAGCUGGACAAAAUCCAGUCCAGCCACAACUUUCAGAUGGAGAGCGUCAACAAGCUAUACCAGGAUGAAAAGGCGGUGUUAGUGAAUAACAUCACCACAGGCGAGAGGCUCAUCCGAACCUUGCAAGACCAGCUAAAGGCCCUAGAGAAGAACUACGGCAGGCUGCAGCAGGAUGUCUUCCAGUUUCAGAAGAAUCAGACCAACCUUGAGAGAAAGUUCUCCUAUGACCUGAACCAGUGCAUCAGUCAGAUGAAGGAGGUGAAGGAGCAGUGUGAAGAACGCAUAGAAGAAGUCACCAAAAAGGGAAACGAAGCUGCAGCUUCCAGGGACCUGAGUGAACAGAAGAACCCAAGUCAGCAGCUCCCAGCUCCCAACGAGCCCCAGCCCAGACCGCAGGAAGCAGACCUGCCCCAGGCAGGGAUGUCCCAAGCGAGAGGACAUGCACCCAGCAACGGUGAGCCCCGGACACCAGCGCCCAGUGCUGAGGCGGUUUUGGAUUUAAAGAGACAGGGUGAGAAAGAGGAAACCAAGGAGAUUCAGGUUGCCGGCGAGGAAGAGGAGGCAGCGGCAGCACAGAGGGAUGCCCUGGGGCGGCCGCAGGAUCCAGGCCAAGAGCAGGCCGGGGCCGAGGCCAGAGACGUGGGUGGAGAACGCGGAGAAGUUGGCCGGACCCCGCGGGCACCGGCUGUCCCAUUGGCAAGCCAGGAAGACCAGGACCUGGAGGGCCCCGAGCGGGACCAGCUGGUCAUCGUCGAUGGGAAGGAGGAGGGGCAGGAAGCCGAUGAGGAAGGGAGAGACCCGCAAAAACUGGGAACAGAUGAGGACUACAACGUGGAUGAAAACGAGGCAGAAUCGGAAAGAGACAAGCAGGCCGCCCUGGUGGGGAACAACAGAAACGGCAAUGUUCUUGAUGCUGAACAUCAGAAAGGAGACAUGAUGAAUUUACUUGAUCAACGUGCAAAGAGGAAUCACACACUCUGAAUCAAACUGGAAUCAUAUACUUUUGUGUCAGAAUUGAAGAGAUCACCACAAAAUAUUCACGAGGGAUUGAAUACUGUGAAAUUAAAAUAUCUGAAGAUGAUUAUUGUGGAGCUUUAGUAUGUAUUUACUAUGUAGGAAAAUGAGAUUGUCUUUUGAGUUUUGGGGCUACUUUUGAAGUGUCUACAUUAAGAUGUCAGAAUUGUUGAGAUUUGUUGGGUAAGAGGUCUUUCAUGAGAAGAUCAGCACCAAAACUAGGACACAGCUUGUCUUUCAAGUGAGGCAACAGUAGGAUUCUUACUGUGGAACGUGAAACUUCUCAGAAGAGGGGCUUGAAGAGCUGCUUCUCCUCAGCUCCGUCGUGCUGUGCCGAGUGACUGGGACCAGCCCGUCCUCUGUUCUCCCGUCUGCACUGAAUGAUUUUUGGUUUAUCCUCCUGUGCUCACUUCUGGUUCUGACAGUCAGCGGCCUGGAGCACUGACUAUUAACUCAAACAUCACUGGCAACGGUGUUGAACAAGUCUAGACGCAAAGGUGUUUUGUGCAAGGAUUUUUAAAAAAAGACUACUCAUGUAGUAAGCCUGUUAUUAAUGUACAAAAUUCUUUUAAGUGACUUGUAACUUGAAUACUUGUGAUCUAUACUUGGUCUGCUUAGUAUGUGUGGGCCAAGCAGAAUCUUCUGUAAUAAGUCCUUAAGCAGAGCCAGGUGAGGGUGAGACAUUGGACACAGCAGGGGCCACAGUGGAGCUGACCCUGAGCCCUGAGGCAGAGCAGUGAGGCGGGCGCACACUGUGGGGAGGCUUUGUUAUGGACAAACUGCUGGCUUUACUACUAGGAGAAAGGAAGAGUAAGUUGAUGAAUAUAUACAGCAUUACUGAUUUGGAAAGCUUAGAAAGUCAAAAGGCAAUAAUUCUGUCAGUUUUUGUCAUUUCGCUUGUGUGGUAAAAAGGACUGUCAUAAAACUGAUUUAAAAAAAAUCAAAAGUUAAUUUGAAAAUGACUAUAGUUAAAAUUCACAUUGAUAACAGCAUCAGCUUUCACUUAACAUUUCAGGUGGAUGGGCUUUUGCAGUUCCAUGGUGGCCCGGUGGUUAAGGAUCCAGCAUUGUGACGGCUGUGGUAUAGACUCAAUCCCUGGUCUGCGUUUCUCUGAGCCUUGGGUGUGGCUUUUUGCUGGGGCUUGUGAAUGACAGACAAAGCCAAAGUUGGGACUUUUAGUCUCUCCAAAGGGUAAGUGGGUGGCAAUACUUACUAAAAUGCAGUUUUGAGUCACAGGAUUGGAGAUGCAGGGACCUGGGGUCAUGUGCUAUAACCCCGUUGUUUACAGAGAAGAAACUGGGGCCCAGAGAACUUAGGAAGCUUCUCCAGGCAAGCCAGCACGUACCCAGCUGUGGACUCCUGGCAGCCCCUGUAGGCAGGACCUGGUUUGCAUUCAGGUUAAAAUCUCCAACUUGAAUGUUGUGUGAUAUUGUACCUAAUCACCAAUAUUAAACUUUCCACCCAGAAAAGGCAACUCAAGAGGUAUGAAGUUUGCUUUAUAAGAGAUUUCUCUAAGUCCCUGUCCAGCAUCCCUUUGUGUCUUAGUCUAAGGGUUGAUACUCUCUCCUGCUUAGCCUUUGGCAUUCAUCUCCUGUUUGCUCACUGUGCCCAGAGUUGCUGAGAAAUGAAACACUUUUUAAUAGUUCAGUUUUUGAAACUGCUUUCACUUUCCCCUUCACCCCCAUGGGAAACCUGAAGAAUCAACUUUUAAACUGGUGUUUGCCUUAUUAAUUAAACCUUUUGUGGAAUGAGAUGGGAUGUCAGUAUAAAUAAAAAGUCAUCCUGAUUUCA